CGUGUAAUCUCUGUUUUCUUUUUUACGUUUGUCAGGUUGUGUCUUUUCGAAUCAAGAAAACUCUUCCCAAAAUGUCCAAAGAGAACUCCAGUAAGAUGCCUUUGAUUGAGGAGAGCGUUGAGUUGGAGGAGCUGAACACCUCGCAGGAGAGCACGGUGUUGAUGGAGCCUUUAGAGAUGGCCGCUUAUCCAGCUGAAGAAACUCAAGCCCAGGAGGAGCAGGAGAACAACGAGUUGAUGGAGUGGUGGAACUCAGUGAAAGGCUGGACUGAGUGGAACGAGACAUCAAACUUCCAGGAGGAGGAUGAGCAAAUGGCGAUGGAGCAGGCAGCGGACCGAGUCUACAUGGCAGCCCGGGUCUUCGUGUAUCUGUUCAACCAGCGGGGGGCGUCCUUGCAGCAGCGCAUCCUGGAACUACUUGCCGUGGCCGACGCCGCAGACGAGUUCCACAAGAAGACGGUGUCGGCAGCUGUGGGUGGAGGCGUGGCCAGCGUGGCGGGCAGCGUGGCCACCAUUACCGGGCUCAUUCUGGCGCCGUUCACGUUCGGGGCCUCCAUCAUCGUCACAGCCGUGGGGAUCGGCGUGGCGACGGCCGGAAGCAUCACGUCGGCCACGGCCAACAUCACCGACACGGUGCAUUCCAACAUGGACCGUAAGAAGGUGGAGAAGAUGAUCCAGGGCUACCAGGAGGAGAUACAGGACAUCAGGAAGUGCAUGGAGUUUGUUCAGGAAGGGAUGAACACCCUGGAGGAGUGGGAUUUUGAGAAAUACUCUGAAAGUGCCGCCAAAAAGGCCCUGAACCACAACAUUAAGCACGUGAUGAAAGAGGGAGGCCGAGCCGGAAAAGCCCUGAUGAUCAACACCGAUAAGCUCAUCAGCACUGUGCAGGUUCUAGGUGCCGCCGGCGGCGCCGCUAAAGCUGCCCAGGCCAUCAGCGUCACCACGGGGGUCAUGUCCGCCCUCUUCCUGGCUCUGGACGUUUUCUUCCUCGCCAAAGACUCCCACGAGCUCCGCAAGGGUGCCAAAACAAAGUUCGCCGGUAAGAUCAGGCAGGUGUGCAAGGACCUUCAGGACGGCCUGCUGGAGCUGAACAAGGUGAAGACGCAGUUGCAGAAGACCAUGGACGGCAUCGAAGUGGAGGAGUACGAGGAGAUCGAGGAGGUGGAGGUAGAGGUGGAGGACGAGUUGGAGUCCGACCCGAAGAAGCUGGCAGAGCUGGAGCAGGAGAUCGACUUCCUGGAGGAGAAGCUGAACAAGAAGGAGGACAAGAAGGAGGAGGUGGAGCCGAAGAAGAGCAAAGAGACGGCGUUGGACAUCUUUAAAAUAAAGAAGGAGAAAAAGGAGGAGAAGAACAUGAAGGAAACAGGAGAAGUGGAGGAAAAGGAAAAAGAUGAGAAAAUGUCAGAGUCCAAAUCAGAGAAGAAAAAGGGUAAUGAGUCCGGUUUGAAAACGGUGAAAGAAGCCAUAAAAGAACAAUUUGAGAAAGGAAGCAAGAAAGAGAAAGAGGCAGAGAAUCAGACAACAGCUGGGAAAGAAAAGAAAGCAGAGAAAAAGUCUAAAGAAACAAACGAGAUGCCGGAAAACAAGAAACGGCCUGAAAAGGAGAAAGAAGCAAAGAUCAAAGCAAGUCAUUCAGAAAAAGAGAAAACUUCCCAAACUCCGCAUGCAGAGCGGGAGACAUCCCAGAAGAAAACUGAGAGGAGAAAGAAUAGCGAGGAGGAGGAAGAGAGGAUGUCUGAGUCUGGAAGGAGGCACAGCAACAGGAGCGAGAAAGGAGAAAGGAAGGAGGAGACAGGAAGUCACCACGGAGACAGGGAGAGCUGGAGGAGGAGAGGGGAGGAGGAGAGAGGAGUGAAAGACUGGAGAGCAGAGAUGGAAAAGAGCAGGAGAGGAGAGGAGAAAUAUGAGGGGGAACGAGGGGAUCAUUCCCAGAGGAAAGACUCCCAUCGGAGCCACAAGGGGGAGUCAGUGGGGGAGGACAAGAAGAGCCACUACAGAGGAGAAAACGACGAGCGCAGGGAGAGAGGAGAGGAGAAAAGCAGCAGCCGGGUGGAGAGCGCCAGGAAACUGUUUGAGAGCGCAGCAGGAGAGCAGCAAGAAGAGAGAGGGAGUCAGAGGAGGAGNGCUGGAGGAGGAGAGGGGAGGAGGAGAGAGGAGUGA